AUGAUUUCACCGAUGUCGAACCAAGGACGAGUUAAGAGUGGACGAGGCAGUGUUUCGAGACUAGCCGCUCCCAAUAUAUCUCAGAGACCAGGAGGAUCCACGCCGUCGAGAACUCCCACCCCUCUACCAAGCCAAUAUAACUUCACCCCAUCGUCCCAACCUCCGGUUACCGAGAUUCCCCAAUCUCAAGUCUCCAUCUACUCACCUCAACCACAUUUCCGAGACUUUCCUCCGCCCCAACAGCUUUUCCAUGAUUCUCCAUCACAACAACCUGAAAUCGGGAACUCCUCCUCAUCGCUUCAAAAUCAGAACACUCCUUCGCCUCCAGUUCAGCCAUCUCCAGCGUCUACACAUCAUCACUCUCAAGCUCAGAGUAAUCAAUCUUCGGCAGCUCAACCCUUCCAUGGCUAA